GCUAGGCUAGGCCGGGCUGCGGUGGGCGGCUCGGCAGUGCGAGAGUGACUGGCGGCGGUGGGGCUGCUGGUCCGGAGGAGCAGCAGCAGCAGCAGCAGCAACAACACAGCCACAGCGGCAACUCGAGAGCUAGCCCGCGGCAGCCGCUGCUCCGCACGCAGGCAGGCAGGCAGGCCGCCCGGCGACCCUGCUGCACUUCGCCCCUUCUCCGUCGCCGGCUUCUGCCAGGCCUCCGCGCCGUGGGGAUGGCCGUUCUGGCUCUGGCCCUAGAGGGACUCGCCAUCUUCGGGCUCAUCCUCUUCGUCGUGCUGUGGCUUAUGCACUUCAUGUCCAUCAUAUACACACGCCUCCACCUCAAUAAGAAAGCUACAGACAAACAGCCAUAUAGCAAGCUUCCUGGUGUGUCACUUCUAAAGCCGUUAAAAGGUGUGGAUCCUAACUUGAUCAACAACUUAGAAACCUUCUUUGAGCUGGAUUAUCCAAAAUAUGAAGUACUGCUCUGUGUACAAGAUCAUGAUGAUCCAGCUAUUGAUGUGUGCAAAAAGCUCCUUGGCAAAUAUCCGAAUGUUGAUGCUAGACUGUUCAUAGGUGGCAAGAAAGUUGGCAUCAACCCCAAGAUUAACAACUUAAUGCCUGGCUAUGAAGUUGCCAAAUAUGAUCUCAUAUGGAUUUGUGAUAGUGGAAUCAGAGUAACACCAGACACACUGACAGAUAUGGCAAAUCAAAUGACUGAAAAAGUAGGCUUGGUGCAUGGACUUCCCUAUGUUGCAGACAGACAGGGCUUUGCUGCUACUCUUGAACAGGUUUAUUUUGGAACUUCACAUCCGAGGUCAUAUAUUUCAGCCAACUUAACUGGCUUUAAGUGUGUAACAGGAAUGUCAUGCUUGAUGAGGAAGGAUGUCUUGGACCAAGCUGGAGGACUGAUAGCUUUUGCACAAUAUAUAGCUGAAGAUUACUUCAUGGCCAAAGCUAUAGCUGACCGGGGCUGGAAGUUUGCAAUGGCCACACAAGUUGCAAUGCAGAACUCUGGUUCAUAUUCUAUUUCACAGUUUCAGUCCAGAAUGAUCAGGUGGGCCAAGCUGCGAAUUAAUAUGUUGCCUGCCACAAUAAUUUGUGAACCAAUUUCAGAGUGCUUUGUGGCCAGCCUAGUUAUUGGAUGGGCAGCUCAUCAUGUGUUUAAAUGGGAUAUAAUGGUAUUUUUCAUGUGUCACUGCUUGGCGUGGUUUAUAUUUGACUACAUUCAACUAAGAGGUGUUCAGGGUGGUGCCUUGUGUUUUUCAAAACUUGAUUAUGCAGUAGCUUGGUUCAUCAGAGAAUCUAUGACAAUAUAUAUUUUCCUAUCUGCUCUGUGGGACCCCACGAUUAGCUGGAGGACAGGACGCUACAGAUUACGUUGUGGAGGCACUGCAGAAGAAAUUCUUGAUGUAUAGCUGCAACUCAACUGAAUGUGAAAAAGAGAAAGGGGUGGGUGGGGAGAUAAAAGUAUUAUAAAUCGUUUAUAUAAAUACUUUAAAGAAAAUCUACCUUCAGUAGUUUUAUUACUUGUUUGUUUUGGUAUCUGUUCUUUUAAUUUAUUUUUGCAUGGCACUUGCAUCUGUGAAAGUACAUCUGUAGUCUUGGCCAAACGAUACCUUGCUCCUAUGUACAAAUAGAAAUGGAGGGAGUUGGUCCUGAUAUCUACUUUCUCUAGGAAUGCUCUGCAGUAAACUCCUUCCAAAAAAACAACAAAGUGUAUCCUCCUGGAUAUAACCAGCUUCUUACUCCGUGGUGUGCUAGCCUAGAAAAUCUGAGCUUCAUAUAGCUAUUUUCCAGCUGGAUUCAACAAAGCUGUACCUGGUACAGUGACAGAAGUACAGCUGGUUUCCAUUUUAUCCCACUAAAUUGAGCUAGUAACAGGACCUUUGGAAAGAAGCUCUUAAAUGCUUUAUGCCUACCUCUCGCAGUUGCUGCAGAACAAAACUAAGGGAAAGGUAAAAACGUUUUGCAAAAACAAACUGAAGUUGGAGUCUUGAGCUUUAUAUGUAUAUACGAAAUACUUUAGUCAUUGCAAUGAACCAAAAGUGGACUGAGUUUGACAUAGUUGGCAGGAAUUGCUGGUCGGAUGUGUAUUGUGGGCAUCAUUUGGCCAACUCUGAUCUGGUUCUGUCUUGAACUUUGUUAAGCACUGUGCUGUAACUAGCCAAGCUGUCCCACUUCAAUAUUUCCAUCCUUUUUUUUUAAGGGGUGUUUGUUUUGUUUUGUUUUCCCCUGUGAGUGAAUGCUUUGGAUGGGUGGGUGCGUGUGUGUGUGACAGAGUGCAGAAGGGAGCAGAAAUACAUUUCAGAAACAUUUCACACAUGAGCUGUUUUCUUACAUGAUGUCUUAAGAAUGUAAUUUCAUGAUGCAGGUAUUUAAUAUCUUUUUAAAAUGAGCAUACCUAUACUAGUUAUAAUUAGGUAUUCAAUUGCAUUAGAUAUUGUGAGUACAUUAAAGGGCCAGGUGAGUUUGCUGUUCCUGAUUAAAAUAGUAAUCUCAAUUUAAAUAUCAAACUAUGUCUGCUCUUGGCUUUUUGCCUCUACUGUUAGUCUGGCCUUCAAACUAGACUUUUGUAUUCUAGUGGUAUGACUGAAAGGACUAGAUUAUAAUGCAUGCUGUGUUUCCCCCCUCCCUCUCUGCUCCCUGUAGCUUGGUUUUCAAACUCAUUGUGAGACUUCCUAAUUUGUGGUGAACUGGACUUGUUUGUUCAUUUGUUUGUUUUAACAUCUUUAAUUAAAGAAACAAAGCAAAGCUAGAGAGGGAAGAUGCAUAAGCCUUUUGUUUUCAUAGUUGUAUUUAUGAUGCUUUACUUUCAUGUGGAGCAACAUAUUGUCACCAUGAGUGUGGGCUGCUAAUUACAAGGCUAAUGCCAACAAAGCAGCUUUAAAGGCUGGAUGAUAAUGUGUAGCAUAUUAGCAAUAAUGACGUGUAUUUAUAGAAAUGGACAUUUUUACCCUACUGAGACAACCCCUUUCCUGUCAUAUGCUACACAAGUAUGAAGUGUAUGUGUAUGGUGUAAAGCAUACUCUGAGCCAAAGUGCUUCAUCCACCUUAAUAGCUCUUUUUGCCUUAUGAUACCAUGGAACUCUUUUAUUUGGCAUUUCUGUGUGAACAAAGGCUUUUAUUGCAUGCUUCAUUCUUUUCAUGUGAAUCAGGAAGAAGCAUUUUUCCUGAGGAAAGCUGCACACUGAAAGCUAGUCUAGUUGUGACCCACAAAAAAACCAUGCUGGUUUAAAUAUUUUUUUUUUAUAUAUAGUUGAACUUCACUGACAAUGUUUGUAUCGUCAUUUGUUUCAUGAAGCUUGAUGCCAUUCAUUGCACUGCUGAAGUGAAGCUUAGCUUGCAACUUAGCUUUAUGCUGAUUUCUAUGCAGGCAAUGGAACAAAACCAAAAAAAAAAAGGCUGAACAGACUUCAUUAAAAAUAUUUGUGGGGAUAAUUGUUUAACAAAUGCUUUUGUAUUAGUAGAGGCACCUUUGGUCAUGAAAAAUAAAGCUUCACUUAAGCAAAUUGUUUAAUUGGGCUGUUGCUUGAUUGAUUACAGAAUGAAAGACAACACUGUCAGAUGUUGUAGGACAUCCUGCAACAGAACUUCUGAAAGUUAAAAAUGGCUAAUGUAAAGUUGUUAUCUACAGAGAUGUAGAAUAUACCAUGUUUACUCAAAUGUCUUGUUUUUUUCUUUUAUUUAAAAAUAAAUUUUGAAUACAAACUGUUUGGAAUACAGGUUUGUUUUUUUGUUGUUGUUUUGACCUGUGUUCAGUGAUGUGGCUUCAUUUAUGUGAACUUCAUUCAUGGCAGAUUUGAUGGGAUUUGAUUUCUAAUUAAUUUUUCUAACAAUAAAUAAAUGUGCUUUUCUUCUGA